UAACCGCCGCAUUCUUGACGCAUCCACUCAAAUCCCAAAAUCAUCCCUCACUCCCUCAAUCCACCAAAACCACAAUCUCCGCCUCGCCGGCAACUUUAACGACGCCGUGACCUCUCUCCACUCCAACUCCAACUCCAACGACGCCGUUUCAACGUCACAAUCCAUUACAGCGCUGCUCCAGCAAUGCAUCCUCCACAAAAACAUCCAACUUGGCCGGACCCUUCAUUCACUCAUCUCCGCUUCCCCUCAGCUCCGCAACGACGUCGUUCUCACUACCCGCUUAAUCACCAUGUACGCCGCAUGCGCCUCACCCUCCGAAUCACGUUCAGUGUUCCAGAAUUUUCCCAACAAGAAGGACCUAUUCCUCUACAACGCGCUUCUCAGCGGCUACGCGCGCAACGCGCUCUACCGCGACGCCAUUUUGCUCUUCGUUGAAUUGGUCUCCGUCGCAGGGCUUCUGCCGGACAAUUUCACGCUGCCGUGUGCUGUCAAGGCCUGCGCCGGGCUCACGGAGGUGGAACUCGGGGAAGCGCUUCACGCGCUUGCGUUGAAGCUGGGACUGUGCUCUGAUUCGUUUGUGGGGAAUGCGCUUAUUGCUAUGUAUGGGAAGUGUGGGUUUGUUGAGAGUGCGUUCAAGGUGUUUGAGAAAAUGGCUCGGAGAAACUUGGUUUCCUGGAACUCAAUUAUGCUUGUGUGCUCGGAGAACGGGCUUUUUGAUGAGAUUUGUGGUCUGUUUAAGGGGCUUUUGUUGAAUGGUGGUGGUGAUGAAGGUUCGGUACCUGAUGUUGUUACUGUGGUCACAAUGGUUCCUGUGGUUGCUGCAAUGGAUGAAGUGAAAUUGGGGAUGCUGCUUCAUGGUUUGGCUUUGAAACUGGGGCUUUGUGGUGACUUGAAGGUUAGUAAUUCACUUAUGGAUAUGUAUUCGAAAUGUGGUUACUUGUGUGAGGCGCGAGUUGUGUUUGAUUUGAUCAGUGACAAGAAUGUUGUGUCGUGGAAUUCUAUGAUUAGAGGGUACUCCAAGGCUGGUGAUUCUCGCGGAACAUUUGAGCUGCUACGGAAGAUGACAAUGGAAGAGAAAAUAUUGGUAAACGAGGUGACACUGUUGAAUGUUCUGCCAGCUUGUUUAGAGAAGAUUCACUUGUUAAGCUUGAAAGAGAUUCACGGUUAUGCCCUUAGGCGUGGGCUUCAGAAUGAUGAAUUAGUAGCCAAUGCUUUUGUUGCAGCGUACCCAAAGUGUGGUUCAAUGGAUUGUGCUGAGCGUGUGUUUAAUGGAAUGGCGGGGAAAACUGUGAGCUCUUGGAAUGCAUUGAUUGGCGCCCUUGCGCAAAAUGGAUUUCCUGAAAAGGCUUUAGACUUGUACCUUGUGAUGACGGAUUCUGGGUUGGAUCCUGAUUGGUUUUCAAUUGGGGCCAUUCUACUCGCUUGUGCCCAACUCAAACUCCUACGCUCUGGCAAGGAGAUUCAUAGUUUCAUGUUGCGAAAUGGUUUAGAAUUGGAUGAGUUUAUUGGGAUAUCGUUGCUGUCGCUUUAUAUUAACUGUGGAGAAAUGUUGCCAGCAAAACUCCUUUUCGAUAAGAUGGAAAACAAAAGUUCAGUGUGCUGGAAUACAAUGAUUACUGGCUUUUCACGGAAUGGAUUUCCUUGUGAGGCCCUUGAUACAUUCCGGCAAAUGCUUUCAAGUGGAACUCACACUCAAGAGAUUGCCUUAAUGGGUGUCAUGGAUGCUUGUUCACAAGUUUCAGCCUUGCGGCUGGGAAAAGAAGUCCAUUGCUUUGCACUGAAAGCUCAUCUUACAGAGGAUACCUUUGUAACUUGUUCACUGAUAGACAUGUAUGCAAAAUGUGGAUGCAUGGAACAAUCUCAAAACAUUUUUGAGAGGGUAAUUGAGAAAGAUGAAGCAUCUUGGAAUGUCAUAAUUGCAGGACAUGGAGUUAAUGGGAAUGGACUGAAGGCAUUAGAACUUUUUGAACUAAUGCAAAGCUCGGGCUGCAGACCAGAUUCUUAUACAUUUAUGGGAGUUCUGAUGGCCUGUAACCAUACUGGCUUGGUGACAGAAGGGUUAAAAUAUCUUGAUCAGAUGCAGAGUUUGCAUGGCAUAAAGCCAAAAUUAGAGCAUUAUUCAUGUGUGGUGGACAUGCUUGGUCGGGCAGGACAACUCAGUGAAGCUCUAAAACUUGUAAAUGAGCUGCCAUAUGAACCAGAUUCGGGGAUAUGGAGUUCAUUACUUAGUUCCUGUAGGAAUUAUCGUGAUUUGGAUAUAGGGGAGAAAGCUUCCAAAAAGUUAUUAGAGUUGGGGCCAGAAAAAGCUGAGAAUUAUGUACUGCUAUCGAACUUAUAUGCUGGGCUAGGAAAAUGGGACGACAUGAGACAGGUGCGGCAGAAGAUGAAGGAGAUUGGCCUUCAGAAAGAUGCAGGCUGCAGUUGGAUCGAAAUCGGAGGAAAGGUUUAUAGAUUUCUUGUUGGUGAUGGAGGCUUUUUAGAAUCAAAACAAGUUCAAAAGACUUGGGUUAAAUUGGAGAAAAAAAUAAGCAAAAUUGGAUAUAAACCCGACACAAGUUGUGUGCUUCAUGAACUGGAAGAAGAGGAAAAGAUUAAAAUUCUUAAGAGCCAUAGUGAGAAGCUAGCAAUUUCAUUUGGUUUGUUACAUACAGCUGAAGGUACAACGCUGAGGGUUUGUAAAAAUCUUCGCAUUUGUGUAGAUUGUCACAAUGCAAUAAAAUUAGUAUCCAAGGUUGUUGAAAGGGAGAUUAUUGUUAGGGACAAUAAGCGCUUUCAUCAUUUUAAAAGUGGACUUUGUUCCUGUGGAGAUUAUUGGUAGUUGAAGGCCUAAAUUGGGUUUUUAAGUCAUUAAUUUGGUUGAGUGAAGAACUGCAGAAAAUAUGACUGGAUUUCUUGGAUUCUGUAUAUAUUCCACAUCUAUACACUGUACAACUACUGAAGUUCUUAUUUUUAAGUUAGCCCCUAUCCUCUCCAAGUCUUUGGCAUUUAAGGGGAAUCUUUGGAGAAGACUGUUGAUCGAGCUUUGGCCUCCAUUUUCUCUUGUUGAGGUACUCUUCUAAGUUGGGAAUUGAUCAUCUCAAUUGAAAAUUCCACUCUACCAUGUCAAGUAUAGAUUUCUAUUAAUAUCAGCUUCUUAGGCACAGAUGUAGCCAUAAACUUAUUUAUGCGAAGUCUCUGUUGAGAAAGUGACGUUUAAGUUAUGUCCAUAUAAUAUAA